AGGUCCCUAUGUUGACUUGUUGAGACAAAAAUAAACAUGGCUUUCUACAGUUAUAAUUCAGUCUUAGCUAUUGCUCGAAUAAGGUUCCCCAGCCAUUUUGUCCAUCCCACCUGCUCGUCUUUUUCCCCAUCAUUUGCUUUUCUUCGGUUGCCAGAUUCACAUUUAAAUAAGACAUAUAUGAAGAACCAUGGAAGCAAGAAGUACUCCCAUCCUAGUCAGUCAGUCAAUCAAGUACUUCACUUGCGAACUAGACUCAUACAAAAGCUGCACACGUCAACUUGCUGGCUACAAGAGGUCCCUAGUAAACCUCAGCUGGAGCAAACCACAGAAAAGCCACGGGUGACGAGCCCUCAGCCUACAAAAGAAACUGGCACAAAGAUUAAAGGAGGAAAGCAAUCUUACAGACAAAAGAUUGUUGAUGAACUUAAAUAUUAUUACAAUGGAUUCUACUUACUUUGGACUGACACCAAAGUUGCUGCCAGGAUGGUUUGGAGGCUGUUGCACGGACAGGUGCUGACCAGACGCGAGAGACGAAGGCUGUUGAGAACUUGUGUCGAUUUCUUCCGCCUGGUUCCCUUUAUGGUGUUCAUAAUUGUACCCUUCAUGGAAUUCUUAUUGCCAGUGUUUCUGAAACUCUUCCCGGAGAUGUUGCCAUCGACUUUUGAAAGUGAAUCCAAAAAGGAAGAAAAACAGAAAAAGAAAAUGGCUGCCAAGUUGGAAAUGGCAAAGUUUCUUCAAGAAACAAUGACAGAAAUGGCCAGGAGGAACAGAGCCAAGCUGGGAGAUGCCUCUACGCAGCUCUCGUCCUAUGUAAAACAGGUCCAGACUGGCCACAAGCCCAGCACAAAAGAGAUAGUUCGCUUUUCCAAACUCUUUGAGGACCAGCUAGCCCUGGAGCACUUGGAUCGUCCGCAGCUGGUUGCCCUUUGCAAACUGCUAGAACUGCAGACCUUUGGAACCAACAAUCUGCUCCGCUUUCAGCUUCUGAUGAAACUGAAGUCUAUAAAAGCAGAUGAUGAAGCAAUUGCCAAAGAAGGGGUGAAGACUUUGAGUGUGUCAGAACUACAGGCUGCCUGUAGGGCCCGAGGGAUGAGGUCACUGGGUCUCACUGAGGAACAACUGCGACAACAGCUCACAGAGUGGCAGGACCUCCACCUGAAGGAGAACGUCCCUCCUUCCCUUUUGCUUCUGUCACGUACCUUCUACCUGAUAGAUGUGAAGCCAAAGCCAAUCGAGAUCCCACCAAGUGGGGAGGCUCUAAAGACAGAUAUUCCUGUGGAAUCACCUACUCCCCCCAAAUCUAAAGAGAACAUGGCGGAUUUUGCACCUCAACUAAAGGGAACUAAGGAUGAAGACUUUGUACAACCACCGCCAGUUAUACCAUCACCUGUAACACCAUCACCGCCUAUUUCAUUACUUAAAGGACCCAUCACUUCUUCUAAGGAAGCUACACUCCAGGCCAAAUCACAAAAGACAUCCCAGAACAGCAAGGCUAGUUCAAAAGGAGCAUGAGGACGACUUGAGGAUGGAGCUCGCUCUCUCCAGCGUCCGGCCCUCGGCAGUGGCAUCCGUAAGGGACCUCCCAGCUAGGACUGUCUGUCUGCUUGCGCCAGAGGGUCAGCCGUUCAGCCCUUGGGGCAGUCCUCUGAGGCCUUGUAACAGCCGUCCCAAGUGAUGUCAGCAGUGAGGCCAAGUUCAGACCAUUCAGAGAAACAGAAUCGCAAAGUUCAUUUUUCUGUACCAUUAUGUCAUCCCACUAAACUUUGUGCAAAGCCCAGCCCCACCACGUUGUUUCUAAACAGUCACAUUUGUGUGUUUGUCCUUUAAGAGAGGAAAUUUUCUGCAAAAUGGAGUCAGCGUGACACCUUAGAUCCCUCUGCCUCCCAUGGCUUGGAAUCCCGAGUAAGAACUUGGGAACUCCAAAAACCACUUGGAGAGCACCUGACCAGCUUCUUCAGAAUGGCCCAUCGGUAGGAACAGUACCCUUGUGGGAUGGGAUGGAUAUACUUCCCAGUAAGGUCUUUCUGGCUAUGAAGAAAACUCUUCUUGGAGGAGAAAAGGGGGAGUUAAACAGACUGGCAAUCACAAAAGUCUGGCGGCUGCUUAGCUGCUCUGACAGACAUCCCCCUCUCAGGCCUGCGGAGGCUGCCGGAAUCUGGGAGGCAGCCACUAUUCUAGCACAUGUGGCUUUCAUUAGCCCCCAUUUUGCUAGGAAACAUAAUUAAGGGUUUAAGGCUUAACCAUUUGUUUGUGCUGGGUGUGUUUUUCUGGUCGGUUUGUCUUUCACAAAUAAGACUAUCUGUUAGUCAUAGGGGUUGUUAAAGUCGGAUGUAAUCCCUUUGCUACCCAGGAAGGAGUAUCACAUUCAGAUAUUUAUGCUUAGUGUUUUCAGUACUGUUCAUACUGAACAUAACAGAUACAGCUUUCUUCUCUUGGGAAGUGGUUAGAAGGGAAAAGGUAUUUCGGCCUGUGGGUGAUAAAAUUAGAUUUCUUUCCUUGCUAUGAAGUUAAAAGCAGUUAGAUGAGAGUCAGUUAAACCAAGUCAAAUGCAAAUCUGCCCUUUGUGGGAUCCCCUAAAUGAGGAAUGUCACCAGCACUUCACAGCAAGACUAUACACUUGAAAAUGCUUCCUAAAUCUCUGCUCCAUCAGAGGACAAGCCCCACCAUGUCCUGCUAAUGAACUCCACUUCCCGGGAAUGACGACUCCCUACUGUGCAAAUACAGCCUCCGCGGAUCCUGCCCUCGGCCUAGCAAGGUGAUUCACAAUAAAUUCUCCCAUUUUUAAAAUGA